CUGUGUCUACCAACCAUUUUUUAUAUCCAUGAAGCUUAAAACGUGUAGAAUAUAAACAACAUGUGCGCUUUUACUUCAGUAGUAUUUUAUCUGCAUGUUGCAGUGGUCCCAAUAUAUUCGGAUUCUGCGCUGACAUUUCCGUGAAAAAUACUAGUUAUCAUAGCUCUCUCUGAAAUGGGAAAUUGCACCACGGACAAAUAAAUAGCAGAAGAUUGAUACGUUUCUUACCUACCCCUGCCCUGCUUAUUUCUUUUUCUCCCUUUUCUUUCACUACCGUCUGAUUCAUACGUGCAACUUCGAUAUCCCACGCAACCAACAAGUAGAAGACUUACAGUCCCCCAUAAGUAUAGAUAUAAAGCACCAGUGCCUUAAAUUUGCCCUUGUGCUAAAUAACAUUACCCCCAUUUCCAAGCUGUUUUCGCUCAAACUUGACAUUUAACGUUGGUUUUAUUUCGACAUGGAUCGCUCGUUUCACGAAAUGUUUCAGCGCCACGGGAUCUUGCGUGCCAUUUAUACAGAAAAAAGAUAAACAAUUCAAAAUUUGCCCUAAGUACUCGAAAUUUGUACGUCUUGAGCAUGUUUUGAAUUAAAUUACAAGUCAUAUAUCAUUUCAAUUCUUCUGUUUGUCUUACCGAACUUGUUCCCAAGUUUUGAAGGAAGUCUAAUCAAGUUUGAAUUUUGGAUUUUCUCUACAUUUUCGACCACUGUCCACUCCUUUGCAUUGUGUCAUAGUGAUUAGACAAAUCUUGCCUUAAUUAGAUUUAAACUUGUUAAAUAGAGUAAUGUCAGAUUUAACUUCUAAACCAGCUCUCAAAUAUUAAAUUUGAGAAUUUUUUUGAAAUCAAGAAAAAGGACUCUCUGAUCAAGCAGAAACUCGUUUUGAAGCAUCGGUGAUUCUUUGUGAUUAAGAAAAAUUCUUAGACAAAUAUUUCAGAAAACUUGAACAAUUACCGGCUUUUUUCUUGCCCAUCUGUUUGACAUCUACAAUGGGUUGAAAUAAUUUUACCAAGGUCAAGCGCCGAAAGUGAUUUAUAUUAUGAGUUACAUGUUAAAGUUAAGAUAAAGCUGAUCUGCCAACAGGAUUUGAGAAGCUCUGAAUUGGCAAAUUUACUUGCCCUUUAUCCAGUUUUUUUCCUUCCGCUUUCUCAUUUUUGGCGACAGUGAGCAAACAAAGGGGCCUUUUUAUUAAUUGAUUCCAUAUCUUUGAUCUGUGCCGUGUUACUGAAUUUAUCUUUGAUACUUUUCUUGGGAACCAAAACGUUGUUGCGCAAGCUCCGAUGGCAGACUCUUCACUUCGAGACAUAGUCGACCUUGAGAGUCCGUGUUUCAUCCUGGACUUCUGGACGGAGGAUGUGCUGCGUCUCUUUAACAUAUCACAGGACCUCUACCGGGUCAUCAAGGCUGCCAUCCUGCAGUUCUAUUCGCCAGGCAUCCAGAAGGAGAAACUGGAUUACAACUGCAUCAACUUCAAACUCAACGGGUAUCCGUUCGCGUACAGCAAGCCCGUGUUUGUGAAGCGGGACGACCACAAGAUCUUCUGCGACACCCUGUGUCAGAUGCUGCAGAACCUCUCGUUCGUAGGGUGGGAGGCAUCUAUGGCACUCAAUCUCAACUCAUGCAACACCCUCUCUUCCAUAUUCUUCAAGAGGUCGGACUCGGAGGAGCACAAGGUGUACAGUGCUGUUAAUCUGUACAUGUCCAACAAGAUGCAGCUGAUCAACUGCAGUGACGAGGUGUUCACAGCUGUGCUGCAGUGUUGUCGCAAGAUGUGGUCACCCGGGGUCACCACAACGGACUCUGGUCGUUUCUCGGACGCCUCCCUGUCCAACUCGUUCACCAUCCAACUGGGCAAGACACCCUGGGAGAGCAGCAACAAGGCCUCCUCCACCGACUGUGCUCUGUUGAUGAUGGAGCUGUUCACCUGUCUCAGAUGCAUGGGACUCAACUUCGAGUUCGCUUGUCAUCUGUCGAACAACGCACAACAAACACUCAUAUUCUCAAAGAAAGUGGCCAUCACAAAUAGUUGUGUUGAGAGGGAUCUGAUGACGUCACAAUUCAACUCUUCAGCUGGACUGUGUGCCUUCAACUUCUCCCACCACAACAGACUGGAACUGGUGAUGGCUCCGAAGGAGUUGGAGGACUUGGUCACCGACAUCAUAACCAACCACGAAUUCCAGACCACAAACAUACAGAGUUCUGAGCGCAUCAACGCUGCCUCGCAGGUGUUCAAACUGAACAGCAAACCGUGGAACCCACCAGUAGAGCCAGAAGUGGUUCUACUGGUCAACAACAUCGUCAACAAUACCUGGUCACAACUGGGGUGGCAGUCACUGGUGUCCCUCGACAUAUCUAGGAUAGGGAACAGCAACACCUCACUGCUCCUCAUGGAGAAAGACGAGUUCUGGAAACCCUCCAGUAUAUGCUGCGUUUACUUCCACGCUUCGUACAAACUACUGAAGAAUCGUUUUUUCAUCUCCAUCUUCAAUUUCGACAUCGACCACUUGAGACUUCUGGUGGACAAGAUCUCCUCCACGUUCAGGGUGAAGAAAUGGGAGACUAUCCAGUACCCCAGUCAGGGGGAAGGCACAUCCCAGAGGGCUCUCUAUCAGAGGUGGAAGACGAAGCAGUCGUGGUUCCGGUGGGAGUUCGAGACGGAUGUUUGGACCACGUGCUGCCACACCUCCAUGUGCGACAGAAGAUACACUCAGCUGCGCAUGCUCCAGUUAUACUUGUUCGACCAAAUAACAUCCAAGUGCUACGAGCCUAUGCAGAUCAACACUUCUCUGGUGUCCGGACCAUGCAAACAGAUGCGACACUCCCUUCACCCUUUUGUGGAUGUUGUGUUCUUCAAGAAAUCGACAGGAGCCCCCAAUACGGCUACAGCCACCAAUUCCGCAUGCUACACUAACCAUACACCUUCAUCUAACGACGACUACAGUUUAGGAUCAGCAGACUCUAAAUCAUCCACCACGUGAUCCUCAGAGCAAUAUGGAUAGACUAUCUAUAUUAUCAUGUAUAAUCUAUUCAAUUCGUAAUCUAUAAUCAUCGCUAUUCAUGGAUUUUUAAUUUCGUACUAUUUUUGAAAUUAAUUAUUGUUGAUCAAAA